AUGGCUUCGCCGCAUGAUUUCAGCCCACCACCUACGAUUCCUCUUGUCACGUCUCAGAUCAGCGUGCGCUCUGAAAACUACCCAGGGUUCUUUUGGAACGAAGACGUCGCUUACAGCAAUGAUGCUGCUGCCGAGCUCACUGGCUGCAGCCUUUCAAUCUGCGUGAAAGCUGAAGAUAGCAACUGUCUGUCAGAGCGGUAG